CCAUUCAAAAUCACCACAAAGGAGAGGCGUGGUAGUUCCAGAAACAAACCUAUCGUCACUCUUGACGGACAACAAAAAAAAAGGAUUAUCGAUUGAAUGUGAAAUUUGUUCAAUAUAAUUGUCCGUCACCGCACAACUUUGUCUAAUAAAGAAGCUCUCAAAACCUAAGAUGAAAUUGCAAUUGCUGAUUUUGGCGGUGGUUUCCGUAUCAACAUGGGUUAAUGGAGCCGUCAGCAACGGAGGAUGCAUUGUCUCCAAAGCGGAGUGCACUUCCGUGUUUUCUGGCUUCCCACAUGUGGAGACUAAUCUCAGAACGUACACCAAGCAGAUGUUGGACAAGUCAUUCGAUUUUCUGCUGCUCUCCUCCGUUUUCGACCACUACAAAAUGGAUCGGCCAGGAUUUGAGAAAAUGUACCGCAAAAUCUCCGACAAAGCCUGGGAGGACACAAUCGAUCUGAUUAAGUAUCAAAGCAAGCGUGGUGCUUCGGUUACGCUGGAUAAUGCAACUCGCAAACACGAUGUUUCGAAACUGUUGAAAAACAGUGAACUGUCCUCGCUCAAAAUGGCACUGGACUAUGAGAAGACCCUAGCCCGGGAGGCUCAUUUGAUUCACAAACAGAUUUCGCAUGCCGACAACAAGGAACACUACGAUCCCGAUGUGGCUCACUAUUUGGACGAGAAGCUGAUUGAGUAUCAAAGCGGAGUUAUCCGUCAACUGGCAGGCCAUAUUACGGACUUGAACGAUAUGGUCAAAGAGAAGAGUACCGAAGAUUUGGCCAUUCAGAUGUUUGAUGAAUAUCUUGAAAAAUCGAAAUGAAUUAGUCCAUGGUUUACAUAGGCUUGCAUCGUACUCAAAAUGGUGCGAUCGCUACAAAAAUGUUACAAAAUAACUGUAGUUUAGUGAUAUUGUGAUUUUUUCCGAUUAAUGGGAAUAUAAAUUUACGUUCCAUGUAAAACAAUUUAUUUACAGCGAAACAUUGUUUCGAAUUUCAAGGCUAUCUAAUAAACAAUUGGAAAUACA